AUGGGGACUAUGAUGUCCUGGACCAUUCUGCUGCAGCUGUCGUCGGCGCUCGUCCACGGCUACGACAACGCGGGAUUCGACGGCUGGUAUCAACCGGUUCCGCAUCGACCAGUCGACAUCAUCACGGACGUUAUUAACGACCUGGGCGCCCGGAUUCUGCAGCAGUACACUGGCCACGGGAACGUGGCAUUCUCGCCGACAGGGGUUGGCUUCGUCCUGGCCGCGUUGUACGAGGGCUCCGCGGGCAGAGGAAGACAGCAGAUCGCCGACGCUCUGGGGCUACCGCGGGAUCAAGACGUCACCAGGCUCGGGUUUCGAGACAUACAUCGCAGACUCCGGACUUACUUGAACGCCGACGGUUUCCUGGGGGGCCUGACGCUCAACCAAGAGAACACCAAACUGCGUCCAGAAUACGAAGACAUCCUGAGAUUUUAUGGAUUCGACCUGACCGUCCCUGGAGGGGACACUAACGAGACCACCACUGCUCCUGAAUCCACCACAACGGAACAAUCGAUGACAGAGACGGUGACCCCGGUUCAGGAUGAGACUACAGUGCCAGCAACGACUCCAGAACCGAUGCAGGAAACAGAGACGACGACACAGGCUGCGUCGACGACCACUCUAGCAGUCGAGAUGAUCGGAAUGACGAUGAACACGCCAGAUGUCCAGGACAGGUUGACUCAAAUCACCUCUGACACGACAGUUCUGAUGGACUCCACCACGCCUACAACUCUGUCUAGCCAAGCUACGACUUCCUCGGAAGCCAUGUCCUCCAUACCACAGACUCCAACGACUGUUCCUUCUGACGUUGAGACUACUGUGGACACCGUUCAACCAACUACUAUGGUCAGUGUGUUGACUCAAAGCACCACUGUGGAGACAGUGGCUAGUCAGACCACUGUGACCACCAUCUUGCCCUCCACUGUUGGGACGUCAGCGACAACAGAGAUCGUGGAGACUACAACCGAGACCACAACCACGCCAACGACCAUAACAACGACUGUCGCUGUUGCGUUGCCCACGGAGGCGUCGACUGCAGCCCAGGUCGACGACGUGGAAGCCACGACGACGGGUUCGACGAUCCCCGCGACGCAGGCAAAUCAGCCGAUCUCGACGAAUGGACCACCUGCCGAUGAGAAUACCGUUUUAACGGACCCCGCGGACAAUCAGACGGCCUCGAGCGAGAUGGGAUCUACCGAUUCGCUGGCCACGACCGCCGCCACAGGUGAAACCGGGUCGGACGGACAGACGACCGUGUCCCCGACUACCAGCGCGAGGAGGAGGAAGCGUGGCGCUAGGAGCCCCAGGGGAUUCUUCUCCAGUUAUCCGGACGAAGGCAUCUGGAUGCAAGACUUGGGGAUCUGGAAGCCCUAUUCCACCAGUUUGGGAGAGGCAUCAGUCAGAGACUCGACUGAAAUAUCGUUCCUGGUGAAUGGCUGCGACGUCUCCUCCGUCACGGCUUCCAGAUACUUUGCGGUUCUACCGUUCGCCUAUUUUCCAUCCUUGCACGCCGUCGCCCUUGAAUUUCCGCUGGACGACCCCAGGUAUAAUAUCCUCCUCCUAAUGGCCACGGACAGGAGGGACACGUAUCGGUUGGCGAGGGAUCUCGGCGGGAAGUCGCUGAGGCUGCUGAGGAAGCAAUUACAGGCCACAUGGGUCAGGGCCACCAUUCCGUCGUUCAUGUUACGCGGUUUCGUCACGUUGACGUCCUUCCUGCAGAGGUUGGGUAUCGUGGACGUGUUCGAGCCAAGAGCAGCGGACCUGUCACUUAUGACGCCGGAUCUAGGCGUGUACGCCAGGGACGUGCAGCAGAGCAUCGGGGUCAACAUCAGGAAUUACAUGAAACCCGAUAGGACCCACUCUCGUGAGUCGCCCAAAUCCGAUCCUCCCUUGAUCGUUCCACCUCGACGGGACUAUUAUCGAUACUAUCAUCCAGGAAACGGGUUAUUCGAGAGAGCCGGACCAGUGCCAUUCACGGCCGUCCAUCCGUUUCUCUACUUCAUCGUCGACGUCGAAACCUCGGUGGCCUUAAUCGCUGGCCGAGUGAACGAUCCGCUCAACUCUCGAAUCCUCUAGGACCA